AUGCGAGAGAACCCUCAACCUUCUGGCCUGCAGCCCUGUGUGCUAUCAGAGAAUCCUCAACCUUCUGGCCUGCAGCCCUGUGUGCUGUCAGAGAACCCACAACCUUCUGGCCUGCAGUCCUGUGUGCUGUCAGAAAACCCUCAACCUUCUGGCCUGCAGUCCUGUGUGCUGACAGAGAACCCUCAACCUUCUGGCCUGCAGUCCUGUGUGCUGUCAGAGAAGCCACAACCUUCUGGCCUACAGCCCUGUGUGCUGUCAGAGAACCCUCAACCUUCUAGCCUGCAGCCCUGUGUGCUAUCAGAGAACCCUCAACCUUCUGGCCAGCAGUCCUGUGUGCUAUCAGAGAACCCUCAACCUUCUGGCCUGCAGCCCUGUGUGCUAUCAGAGAACCCUCAACCUUCUGGCCUGCAGCCCUGUGUGCUAUCAGAGAACCCGCAACCUUCUGGCCUGCAGCCCUGUGUGCUAUCAGAGAACCCUCAACCUUCUGGCCUGCAGCCCUGUGUGCUGUCAGAGAAGCCACAACCUUCUGGCCUGCAGUCCUGUGAGCUGUCAGAGAAGCCACAACCUUCUGGCCUGCAGCCCUGUGUGCUGUCAGAGAACCCUCAACCUUCUGGCCUGCAGCCCUGUGUGCUGUCAGAGAAGCCACAACCUUCUGGCCUGCAGUCCUGUGAGCUGUCAGAGAAGCCACAACCUUCUGGCCUGCAGCCCUGUGUGCUGUCAGAGAACCCUCAACCUUCUGGCCUGCAGCCCUGUGUGCUGUCAGAGAACCCUCAACCUUCUGGCCUGCAGCCCUGUGAGCUGUCAGGAUGA